AUGGCAAACGUCUUCGACAAGCACAAGGACAAAUUGGCAGGGGUGUGGUCGCUGAUAUCAGCCGAAAUGUACGACUCGGAGGGCCCUGAGCGAAACUUCCUCGACAAGCCCUACGGCGACGACCCGCAGGGCAAAGUGGUCGUCUCAGCCUCGGGCUUCCUGCUGGCGACGCUGGUCGCGCCGCCGGGCCUGGAGCCGAUCGCGUCCGCCGACCCCACGGACGCAGAGCUGCUGCGCAUCGGCCGCCACCUGAUCACGUACGGCGGCUUCAUGACGCUGUCGGAACAGGACGACGGGUCGCUGCUGUGGCACACCAAGGUCGAGGUGGCGUGCAACCCGAACUGGAUCGGCAAGUUGCAGACGAGGGUGGCUCGCUUGAGCGAGAAGGACGGCGAAAAGUACAUGACCCUCAACCCGGUCAAGUGGUACACGCUAAAGGAUGGAAGACAGGCACGAGGAGAAUUCAAGUGGCGCAAGAUCGGUUCUUGAAUGGCCGCUGGUUGUU